AAAGACCUCGGGAGUGUGUUAACGAAGAAUGGUGACAACAUCGUCACCACCUCUUCUGGUACUGUGGGUCCGGAAACUGGGGGUCUGCUAACGACAGGAGAAACACAGGGUGGGCUAAGCUUGGGUUCUGGCUGGAAAAGGUGGACGCUUCAGGUAGCGCCUCCUCCCAGACGUGGCUCUCUUGCCCAGCCGUUCUGGAUCGGGAGCGCUCUUCCCUGGCCUGCCGGCCCAAUAACCUACUGUGACCGUUGCCCCUUUCUGUCCUGUCAUCCACUCUCCUGCCUCAGGCUAGGGGUUAGGCUCUUCUUGGGAAACAAAUCUGAGAUCCUUACCUCUACCCAGGUUGGCACCUGCUGAACAAGCAGCUCUUGGAAGAGACUAGGUUUGACCCAGUCCUGUCUGAGGCACACCCUCAUAAUGGCCUCAUCCCUACUCUCAGUCCAAUAUGGGAACCCAAUGCGAGAAGUGCCUUGGCUCCUGCCUCCCUUCUCCGAGUUUCCCCACAACUUGCAGGGGUGGGGUGGGGACUUAUAAGACAGUCUUGGCUUCAGCUGAGCAUUCUUAACACAUUCCUUCUGACCAGAACCUCAGCGUCCCCUUCAACCAAGGGUCUGAUGCUCUCCAAACUCAUCUGACAGGAGCUCAGAAGCUCCAGGGUGAGUGAAAGGAGAUGUGAGUGGGUGCUCCACAGUCAGAGAGCUAGGUGGCCCAGUGACUGCUGUUAUCAAAACUGAUAUGGUACCAAGUGAGGAAGGAUGGAAGGUGGGGCAAGGCUGAAGUGCCCCCAGCUCUGAGCAGUCCUGUUGCCAGCACCUGGAGGUGCUAGGAAGACUGUACAUGCUUCUGUUUCUCCCUGAUCAUCUCCAGCAUCUCCCUUUCUCCUCUCUGCACUUUGGGACUCCCGAACACCUUCCCCCACGCUUCUGCCUUUGUUCACAGGACCCCAGCCAAUUCUGGGGUCCCACACCCUCUCAUUUUGCUCCAGCUGAAGGCCCCCUUGGAAUAUCAGUGCAUCAGGCCAAUGGUCUUGUCAGGGAGCAAGACCAGCUAGUGCUCUCCUGAACCGGAGAGCAAGAAUUCCGAACUGUAGGUUUGGGGUGUCAGUUUUGCUGAGGGCUACCUGCUCAGGGUUGAGUUUGCUUUACCAGUUUAUGUCCCCAAACAGAAUGCACAGGCUGGGCUGCCCAGCAGGUGCCCUCACAUACUGGCCACCCAUACCUGGAGCACCACAGCCAUCACCACCACCGUGACACAAUGACACAGCUGUGGACACACCCCUCCCCAGAUAUAUAUAGUCACUCACCAGGAGCUUGUGGUGACCAAUACAGCCACUCACACAUCCAGAUAUAUCAUCAUACCUAGAGGUACUUACACCCACAUAUGCUAAGCUGUUUGGACAUGGCCACCCCCAGAGACUCUGUCUGGUCUGACUGGCUAGCCACCUCCUAUGUCCUAGAAGGCUCCCUGGCCUGAGCUGAGCUCUGGGUCCCAGUAGGGAGGCCCUCAGCCAGUUGCUUGGAUCUCAGCCUCCAGCUCUUCUAGAGGGAGUCCAGAGCUCCCACAGUGCAGCAAGAGUGGGGGUGGAGAAGUGCCACCAGGCUAUGGUGUGCCAGGGUCUUAUGGCCCCUUCUCAUGAACAAUUGCCAGCCCCUGAUUUGUUAAAAUAUUCUAAGAGUCACCUGUAACUUACAUUGUCAUAUCUGGUUCCUCUCCCUGGCUCCUGCUGCCAGGUCCUGCCCAUCUCUUCCUGCCGCAUAAGCAAUACCUGGCAGCGUUUCCCCGUGUGUCAUCUCGGCCUGUGGUGCCUUCACCGCUUCUCCUUCCUUUGCCCUGAGACUCAGCUCAGGAGCAGGCUGACCCUGGCUCCCCCAUAACAUCCUUUGCCUUUUUAUGAUGUUGGGUUAUGAGCACUCCUUUAGGGCAGGGCCCAAGGUUACAUUAUCCUGAUGUCUUGAGGCCUGGCAGAGAACCAGACCCAGAACUGAGAUCCGAGGAUUUCUUUUGUGACGAGUGGGAAAGGACUGGCAGUCUCUUCCAUGGGAACCAGGGCCAUGCCUCUCACUCCCCAAAACCCCCAGGAUAUCACUGCACUGGGUGGGUUUCUCUUAAAGAGAAGCUACUACUCAGAUGGGGCUGGUUCAACAACCCAAUUCUAGUCAUCUGAGAAUAUGGUGUGGCCCAACCCCUCAGUGUCUGGGCUGGGAUGACCCCUCACUGAGGCAGUGGGGAAGUGGACCUCUAGUGAAGGGCAGUGUUUGCUUAAGAUCACGGUGUCUGGUAGGGCAGGCUUGUCAGGGUGGGAUCUGGAAUGUGGGAUGAGUACCCUGCCCUUUGGUGGGAGCUCUUAUUUAUGGGAGGUGGGACUUAGUGCCUUUAGAGGCCACUGUGUACCCCAGACCCUCAGCUGGGAGGAGGAGAGAACAGGAUGGGAAUCUGACCUGUUCAGGGAGAUAAUUCUAGCCUCUAAGGCCUGGCUAGUGUAGACCAAGUUCCCUCUGACAGACACUGUUGUCGAUGGUGAGGUAACAUGUGACCCAUUCCUUGGCUCAACCAGUACCAUGCAUUUAAUCAGCCACCUCUGCCAGGAGGGCACCAUUGUGGGGCCUCUUUGCACUGGAUCCUGUCUGAGGUGGGAACCCCAACUGGCCACUGUGAACUAGAGAUGCCUACAGGGAAUAUUUAUGGAUUUGGUUGGUACAAAACAGAAGAGAGAUUACAGAUGGCCCUUUGUCCCUGCAGAUGUGAAACCUGGGGAUACAGAGGGCCCAUGUAUUCAUUGUACUGCACCAUUCAUAUAAGGGACUCAAGCAUCCACAGGUUCCAUUUCCUGGAACCAUCUCCCCAUGAAUACUGGGUCCAACUAUAAUUGCUCUUUGAUAAAUGCAGGAGGGUGGGAAAGUCUCUUUCAGAAGAGGGUUCAUAUAUGGGAGAGGUCAUCAAGGGGGCCUUUUGUGCUGACAAGAGGAAGGUAGAGUAUUGGUCUCAUGAGUGAGCAGAGGGGAAACAGGGGCUCACAGUGAGAUAGACUGGCCAGAGGUCAUGUAGCCAUCUGGGGCAGAGGGGAUCUCUGGAAAUGGAGAGAGCACAGGGCCUCCACUCACUGCCCACGCACCUCCUUCUAGACCUUGUCCUUUGCUGGCCGUGGAGCAGAUUGGGCAGCGGCCCCUGUGGGCCCGGUCCCUGGAGCUGCCCCAACCAGUUAUGCAGCCUCUGCCUGCUGGCACCUUCCUGGAGGAGGCAGGAGAGGAGUCCCCAGCCCAGCCAGAGAGGGAGACCAAGGUGGUGGACCCCGAGGAGGACCUGCUGUGCAUAGCCAAGACCUUCUCCUACCUUCGGGAAUCUGGCUGGUAUUGGGGUUCCAUUACGGCCAGUGAGGCCCGGCAACACCUGCAGAAGAUGCCAGAGGGCACCUUCCUGGUACGUGACAGCACCCACCCCAGCUACCUGUUCACACUGUCCGUCAAGACCACCCGCGGGCCCACCAACGUGCGCAUUGAGUACGCCGACUCUAGCUUCCGCCUGGACUCCAACUGCCUGUCCAGGCCACGCAUCCUGGCUUUCCCAGAUGUGGUGAGCCUGGUCCAGCACUACGUGGCCUCCUGUGCCUCAGACACCCGGAGUGACAGUCCCGACCUUGCCACGACCCCGGCCCUGCCCACCCCGAAGGAAGAUGUGCCUGGUGACCCAGCCCUGCCCACCACGGCCGUUCACCUGAAACUGGUGCAGCCCUUUGUGCGCAGGAGCAGCACCCGAAGCCUGCAGCACCUGUGCCGCCUCGUCAUCAACCGUCUGGUGGCUGACGUGGACUGCCUGCCGCUCCCCCGCCGCAUGGCUGACUACCUCCGACAAUACCCCUUCCAGCUCUGACCCGGCCGAGCAGCCGCCUGGCCUCAUCCAGCUGGACCCUGGAGGGGACAUGGGCCCCAGCUGGACUUGGGCUCCCACGACCCCUCCUCCAGUCAUCCUGGUGCCUGUGCAAAUCUGGCAGCUAGACCAGGAACGGUCCGCAGGAACAAGGCUGGGGGUGAGGGGUCAGGGAAAGUGUCACACGACGUGGAGGUCAGCGCCCCCCAGCUCCCACAUGACUCCAUUGUGGUGGGCCAUCUGUGUCAAAAGAGAGGGCACCGGCAGGACCUGGUCUCAACCCGUGGGCUGGGCCCAGUCCCCCACUCACCUGCUGCGGACUCCUGAACUGCGUAGACUUGGCCGACCCUGGUUUCUCCAUCCUCAGGGUGGGGCGGGCCCCUUCCUUCCAGCUAGCCAGCCUCUGUCUCAGGGGCAUAUCAGCCAGAGGAACCGAGGUUGAUGGUGACAGUCCCCAGGCAGGGGCACAGACCAAACUGGGGGACAGCACAGUUAUAUAGUAUUUAUUUAUUUAUUCUCCCUGGGUUGGUCUUGGGGUGAGCCGACCCCUCCUCUCUGCCCUGAGCACUCCAGAGGCCCCAGACUGGCCCCAGCUUCUCUGGUUCCUCCCACCCUGAGAUGCGCUGCUGGACCCAAGGUGGUCCUGCAUGUCCUGGCACUAAUCCGUCCACCCGAGAAGCAGUCCUUCUCCUUGGCCUCCAGCCCUGUUUUGGGAGGAUGGGUGAAUAAACAAGAACAUGGAGCCAACAUGUUAGCGCCCAGCAAAGCCUGCCACUCACCCCCUCCGGGGCCGAGCCCUGUCUGCGUAGAGCUGGUCUCGCCGGGGCGCAGGCCCUGCACAGGUCGGGGGCCGGGCCAGGGAGUGGCAUGGUCGUUGGAGGGCCACUGCUCCAGCUCUGCUGGGUCUGCUUCCUGCCCAGGAACAUGGCGUUCACUCAAGAGAGGGAACGAAAUUCCAUAUCCGAUGAGACUUUAUAAAAUAAUUAUUACUUUAAACAGUUUGGUAGUCUUUUUAUUUUCACUGCUUUUUCUGUAAUGACAAUAAAAUUGUACUUUUCAUGUAUGGAGCCCUCAGAGGGGCCUUUUUUUUUGAGUCAUA